AUGGACUUUGUUGGUUAUGGAAGUAAUAAUGCUAAUGGGUCUGGAGAAGAACAAGAGGCAGGCUCCAGUUCUCGCAAAAACAAGAAACACUAUCAUCGCCACACUGCUUAUCAGAUACAACAGCUUGAGGCGUUCUUCAAGGAAUGCCCACAUCCAGAUGACAAUCAGCGGCGUCAACUGGGCAGGGAAUUGGGGCUUGAGCCUAAGCAGAUCAAGUUUUGGUUUCAGAACAAGAGGACUCAAACAAAGGCUCAGAAUGAGAGAGCUGAUAACAAUGCUCUUAAGGUAGAGAAUGAAAAAAUCCAAUGCGAGAACCUUGCAAUCAGAGAGGCUCUCAAAAAUGUGAUAUGCCCGACUUGUGGUGGUCCACCCUUUGUGGAAGAAGAAAGACAACUUGAUGUGCAAAAACUGAAGAUGCAAAAUUCCCAUUUAAAACAAGAGUAUGAAAGAAUGUCCCACCUUAUUGCCAACUCCCUGGGAAAACCAGUUGCGCAAAUUCAAUCAUUGAGCUCAAUGGACUUCCAAUCACAGACAAAUAUAUUAGGUUUCCCAGCAAGUCAAGGGAUAUUGGGAGGCUCUUCUUCUAAUUCCAUUGAUCAGCUUCAACAUCAGUUUCAGCAACUUGAUGACCAUAUUGGGAAUUCAAACAAUAACAAUAAUUCCACAAAGCAACAACAGAUGCAAUACCCGUUAAUAAAUGAUUAUGGGAACAACAAAUUUGAGAUGGAAAAAAUGGCCAUGAUUGAUACAGCAGUAAGUGCCAUGGACGAACUGAUCAGGCUUUUGCAAGUAAAUGAACCGGUGUGGAUCAAGUCCUCCUCCCCGGUUGAUCAUGAUGGUGACAGCCGAAGAUCAUCAUAUCUUCUUCACCGUGACAGCUAUAACAAGCUUUUCCCAAGGUCUAUUCACUUUAAAAGUUCCACUGCCCGGAUGGAGUCAUCCAAAGAUUCCGGUGUGGUUCCAAUGAGUGCAGUGCACUUGCUCGACAUGUUUCUAGACUCGAAUAAAUGGGUGGAUCUUUUUCCUACAAUAGUUACAAAAGCAAGGACAAUUGAAGUAGUUGAUACCAGAAUGUUGGGAGAUCAAGCCGGAUCUUUGCAGCUGAUGUACGAACAAAUGCAUAUAUUAUCACCUCUUGUGGCGCCUCGAGAAUUCUACUUCCUCCGAUACUGUAGAGAAGUGGAGGCAAGUGUGUGGAUGAUGGUUGAUGUAUCAUAUGAAUAUGAUUGCUCCAAAUUAUCAAAAGACCCAGACCCUCAUGGUUCGCCUCUACGAUCGUGGAGGCUUCCUUCCGGUUGCAUGCUUCAAGAUAAGCCUAAUGGAUGUUGUGAGGUUACAUGGGUGGAACACGUGGAAGUGGACGAUAAAUCCCAAACUCAUCGUCUCUAUAGAGAUUUAGUAUGUGGUGGUUUAGCAUAUGGAGCCCACAGAUGGAUCGCCACUCUUCAUCGGAUGUCUGAGAGAUUAGCAUACUUAGUAGGGGCAUCCUUACCUAGACAUGAACUCGGAGGGGUGUUCGAUAUACCAGAAGGAAGAAAAAGCAUAAUGGACCUAUCCCAGAGAAUGGUAAAGAAUUUUUGGAAAAUGCUGAGCAUGUCAGGUAAACUAGAUUUUCCUCAUUUGUCAGAACUGAACAAUAGUGGAAUUCGAGUCUCCGUUCGCCAAAACAAUGAAAUAGGUCAACCCAGUGGCAUGAUUGUCAGUGCUGCUUCCUCUCUGUGGCUCCCUCUAUCAUCCGAGACUCUCUUCAAUUUCUUCACAGACGAGAAAACACGACAUCAGUGGGAUGUGCUCUCGAAUGGAAACCCAGUGAAUGAAAUUGCACAUGUCUCGUAUGGAACUCACCCAGGAAAUUGUAUAUCGAUUAUCCAGUCGUUCGCCUCCAAUGAUAACAGCAUUCUGAUGCUUCAGGAGAGUUGCAUAGAGCCUAUGGCGGGUUCAGUGAUAGUGUAUGCCCCAAUAGACUUCCCAGCCAUCAAGUCAGCAAUAAGCGGCGAUGACUCCACAAACAUACCCAUACUUCCAUCAGGCUUGAUAAUCUCGGAUGAUGGCCGUCCUCCUCCUCCUCCUUCUCCUCAUCAUCAUGACAAAGCAGCUUCAACGAGCACAGGUGGCGGUGGUAACAAAAGGUCCGGUGGUUCGCUUCUCACGGUGGUUUUCCAGAUUCUGGUAUCUAAUCACUUACAUUCAAAGCAACUCAACAUGGAGUCUGUGGCUAUUGUCAAUACCCUUGUCAGCUCCACUGUCCAGAAAAUAAAGGCUGCCUUGGAUUGCUCUAAUGUGGAUUAAUGACCACCUAGGUUUUAGCUAGUUGUUUUAAUGUUUUAUUGUGCAAAGAUUGCUACUUUAUAGUAGACAUAUUUGAAGGAUUUUUCUUCUUUUCUUGCUUUUGCUUCAAAAUACAUUGGGCUGU